CAGCCAAGAACAGAGGCUUGAAGUUCGAGUAGAUGAUUGGAGAUGUGGACCGAACUAUCCCCUCCAUAACACGUCAGCCCAGUCCAAAUGUAAUCCAUUUGGGCCUUACCCCUGCUGUUCUGCCAGUCAUUAUUGUGGCAAUACUUAUAAUUACUGCUCCUGUGACGGAUGUGUGGACUAUAGACAAUCAGUUGAAAGGUUCUGUUGGAAAAAGCAAGUCAACAAAGGAAACGAUUGGGGCGCUUCUAACAUGUUAUCUUUCGGCUAUUUCGGAGAUAAUGAUGCUGCAUGUGAGCAGGCAUGUGCGCAGCAACCACUAUGCAUGACGUACACGCUCAAGCUGACCACGUACGCGGACGCUAGCGUUGCGGGGAACUGUUACGGGUGGAAUGCGCCGUCACUGUCUGAUGGCUCCGACGUCAUCAGUGGGGUCAAGGUCGACUGUCCAUCGGAAAGUCAAGUGUCUGAGGUGGACUGUCCCUGUAUGAAGAAUAUCACCCAGCCCACUGGCACCAUCACGUCGCCCGGCUACCCUGACGGUUACAGUGGACGGCACGACUGUGGAUGGCUGGUUCACGCCAAAAAGGGCUUCAUCAUUGAACUCACAUUCGAGCCCCCUUUCCAAGUGGGAUCAACGAGUUCAUUGACAACUACAGCAACUAGAACAGAUCGAGUAGAGGUCUAUGAUGGUUCGCGCUCUACCGCGCCUCCACUUGGGAGGUUUUCUGGGGGCCAUCCACCUCCCAGGAUGCACACUACAGGAAGUGACGUCUUCAUCCGGUUUGUAAGCACUGGAUCAACCACCAGUUUGGCAGGCUUCACAGCUAAGUUUAGAUGGGUUGGGUUACCAGUCCGCAGUGGCGGUAUCAUGGCCGGACCGUACCGGGGUGUUGGGCUGUCAAGCAGAUGGGUUCCUGAUAGUGACGUCACCGCCUCAAGUGAAACACCUGGGUACGAAGCCGCUCAAGCUCGCCUGCAUAAUAGGGUUUCUAUAUCAGAAAGCCGUGGCUGGCGACCUACAAGUGACAAUGUUGGGGAGUGGGUGAAAGUCACUUUCCCUACCAAACGUGUCAUCUUGGGGAUUUCUACCCAAGGGAUCAGUGGCUCCACUGACUGUUGGAUAGCAUCAUACCACGUGCGUUACCAGUACCAUGGUACGAUGCGCACCGUCUUAAGGACAUACCUGCGUAGAACGGAAGACCCUGACUUUCGUGGAAACUUUGACGCAGACACUGUUGUCACUAACAUGUUCAGUCAACCCAUCGUGACAGACAACGUACAAGUAUUUCCCCGGUCCAUGGUCAACCACAUCUGUCUACGGUUUGAGCUACUGGAACCAAUACCAGACUCUUCCACCUCCAUAAAUGUGGUGGAGCUGUCUAACGGUGCUCUAUGUGAGACCGGAGGGGGGCAGGAAUGUACAGAACUCAUCGACGGGCUGUUAGGCUCAGUACCCGGCCUGUGGAGUCCUUCCGGUAGCAACGAUCACUUCCGGGUCGUGCUCAGUCAGAGGUAUAUCAUUCACAGGGUCCGCAUCAUGCAAGGGAACAAUCCGGCAGCCAGGAUUGCUACAUUGAAGUUCACCUUCUCUGAAAACGGACUAAGCUCAACUCAUCGAUCGGAAGCGCAACUUGAACAAAGAAGUGACAGCAACGUGGCCGCCAUGUUGUGGGAUGACGUCACAUUCCCACCGGAUGACGUCACCCUCCCACUUCGAACGCGUUUCAUAUCGGUGCAAGUUCUCGCCAUGCAUGCGGGAGACAUCGUUCAAGCCAGGAUCACUGAGUUCGAGAUCUAUACUGUACCACAGGAGCAUGAAACAUUUUGUCCUCCUGGGUGGAUUUCCAAGGGUUCCUCUUGUUACUUUUUGAGCUAUGAAGCGAGCAUAGAACCCCCAGAUCAACUGUGUUCAAACUUGCGUCCCAUGCCGGGAGUUCACCCCCGUCUUGCUGAACUCAACUCUAUAGAAGAGAGGUCGUUUCUGUCCGGCUAUGCGACAAAGAUCAUGGAAAAGACAAGUGUUGGAGCGGACCUAGACAUAGUGCAAGUUCGAGGGGGUUGCUUAGCAACAAUACAAGAUUCUUUCAUACCACAUGUACAUUGCUCUCCUUUCGGAAGACCUUACAUUUGUGAGUUCAACUACAAAUACGACGCCUUGCCGAAGUCUUGCCGUGAAGCCCUGGAUUUGGCCCGUAUACUCGGCAAUUAUGCCCGAUACGGGAUCUAUCAGAUACGGGUGAAGAACAGGGUGCUGAGCGUAUACUGCGACAUGAACAGGGACGGGGGAGGCUGGACACUUCUCGUAACAGCCAGUACGAGGGAAGGCUGGGAAGGUCACGUGAUGGAACGCCAUGUUGGAUAUCCUUCAGUCGGCCAUGACUACUCCAUCCUUGGUUUUGGGGACAUGAUCAAGGACUCCUUCCCUGGGAACAAGUUUCAUUACCGUGUCGAGGCAGGAGAGAAAAGACAUUGGGGUGGUGUUUGGGAGGCGCCGAAGCACUACUCGUUAGUUCACAGCAACCCUCAUCAGACAGAUAUAAACAUCCUCAGGCGUUACGGACCGUGGAUGUACGGGACUGGGUCACUCGGACACCGCCUGCCAUGGGUUCCAAACUCCCCCGCCUCUCCUGCCCUGUUGACAACAUCGACCCUAGCGGAUGGAAACAUUCCCUGGGGAACCCUGGUAGCGAGGGAGCCCCGAACAGAAGAUAAGAACAUCACGAACAUGAUAGCAGAGGAGCUGUCGACACAAGACAUGACGGUCCGGUACUGGAUUCGUGAGCAGGCUGAUAUUGAUGAGUUGGAUUGCCAAGAGGGCUAUUCGAGAUGGGGCAAUGGAGAGAGUUGCUACAGAUUCAUAAGCUCGAGGGCACCAUAUGGUGAAAAGUGUACCUCUUACGCCUGGCCACGGUCUAAGCAGCGACAGGACCACAUUGCCUGGAAGAUACACGGCACGCGUCCUGCUGAGUCGUUCUGGAUUGACAGCGACACACUGACUCAAACAGACAACAGCAAUGGACCCUGGCUGCCCGAGUUCCCAGAUUCGACCCUUACGGAGAAUGUCUGUCCCUAUGCUGAUCACACGAAGGGCUAUGGAUGGGCAACAACUGACUGUAGAUUCGAUACAAAGUCUUCGCUUUGUGAAGAAGGUUGCAAACAAAUAAGAAGUUCUGGGGUUUCGGCGUUGACAGUGGCCGUAACCUGGUCCAGCACAUUUACAUUUUAUGUCAAAGCGCCGAUAAAUGGCACAGAAGCGUGGAAAUUAUUUGUCUGGACGGACGAAUUUCCAGAAAGGUACCGAAUACGCAAGGAAGGGGAAGAAAUCCAUCUGGCCAGACAUUCAGGGGGUGCCGUCCUGAAUAACAACAAUACAGCUCCAUACAACGUUUUUCACCACGAGGAUGAAUACCAUAAAUUUUGGGUUCGACUGGCCAAUGGAAAACUGUCAGUUGGAAGAGGUGGAGAGUUGAAUCCCUUGGUAGAGCUUGAAGACCCGACGCCCUUACAGGGGCCUCCGUGGUACAUAUCCAUCAAAAACGUUGAUGAAUACCAAACCGAUUGGAAAUUCUGUGAUCUAGACCCAGGUUAUUGCACCGGUGAGAACUGCAAGCGAAGUUAUCGAGAGGACUGUACGGACGGUACAAGUUACUACACUUGUCCACGAAAUGAACCUGAUAGUAUAGGUGCCCGGCCGGGCCCCGGUUUGGAAAUGUGA